CCUGAGCGGGGUGAGGAUGCUCCGUCGUCCGACGCACAGAAGAAUUGGCAGAAGCAGGGCAAAUGUUCUUUUGAAAGACACUCAGCCUAUUGAAAAAUUUGAUUUUCGCAUUUUCUUAAGUGAAUUUAAAAUGAACCAGCUCCUAUCUAUCAUCAGGUUGCUUGUGGAAAAAAACUAAGUGGAAUUACCUUAGCUGGAGUUCUCAGGGACUAAAGGAAAACAUGGAUAUGUGCUGAUUCUUCCAGCGCUAUCAAGGAAGAACUGGAGAACUAUUUUAUGCGAGACCCUCCUUUGAACUCAGACAUCCCUGAAGAGAGCUAUUGAAAUAGUACUAUGAAUGGUGAAACUAGAGCAGAGGUGGUAACUUCACCACCCCCAACAGCUCCUCAUAAAGAGAGAUAUUUUGAUAGAGUUGAUGAAAAUAACCCGGACUACUUGCGAGAGAGGAAUAUGGCUCCUGACCUUCGCCAGGAUUUCAAUAUGAUGGAACAGAAGAAGAGAGUAUCCAUGAUUCUUCAAAGUCCAGCAUUUUGUGAAGAGUUGGAAUCGAUGAUCCAGGAACAAUUUAAGAAAGGAAAGAAUCCAACAGGCUUGCUGGCUCUACAACAGAUUGCAGACUUCAUGACAGCAAAUGUUCCCAAUGUCUACCCAGCAGCUCCUCAAGGAGGCAUGACUGCCUUAAAUAUGAGCCUUGGCAUGGUGACCCCUGUGAACGAUCUCCGGGGAUCAGAUUCCAUUGCCUAUGAGAAAGGAGAGAAGUUACUGCGGUGCAAGUUGGCAGCUUUCUACAGACUCGCUGACCUCUUUGGCUGGUCACAGCUUAUUUACAAUCACAUCACCGUCAGAGUAAACUUGGAGCAAGAACAUUUUCUGAUUGUGCCUUUUGGACUUCUCUAUAGUGAGGUUACUGCAUCUAGUUUGGUUAAAGUAAAUUUUCAAGGUGAUGUGGUUGAUCGUGGAAGCACUAAUUUGGGAGUUAAUCCAGCUGGUUUUACAUUGCACUCGGCCAUUUAUGCUGCCCGACCAGACGUAAAGUGCAUUGUUCAUAUUCACACUCCAGCAGGAGCAGCGGUAUCCGCAAUGAAACGUGGUCUCUUGCCCAUCUCACCGGAGGCACUGUCUCUUGGAGAAGUGGCUUACCAUGAUUACCAUGGGAUUCUUGUGAAUGAGGAGGAGAAAGUCUUGAUUCAAAAGAAUCUGGGCCCCAAAAGCAAGGUUCUCAUACUCAGAAAUCAUGGUUUGGUAUCAGUCGGAGAAAGUGUGGAAGAGGCUUUCUAUUAUAUUCAUAAUUUGGUUGUGGCAUGUGAGAUCCAAGUACGAACACUGGCCAGUGCAGGAGGGGCAGACAAUUUAGUGCUGUUGGAUCCUAGCAAAUAUAAAGCCAGGCCUCACUAUCAAGAGACUGCAGCAGGGGAGGGGACAACAUCUUACCCCAAAUGGCAAACUGGAGAACAGGAAUUUGAAGCCCUUAUGCGAAUGCUUGAUAAUUUGGGUUACAGGACUGGCUAUCCCUACCGAUGCCCUGCUCUGAGGGAGAAGACUAAAAAAUACAACGAGGCAGAGGUUCCUGCUACCGUCACGGGGUAUUCUUUUGCUAGUGAUGGGGACUCGGGCACUUGUUCUCCUCUGAGGCAUAGUUUUCAGAAACAGCAGCGAGAGAAGGCAAGGUGGCUAAAUUCUGGCCGAGGGGAUGAUACAGCUGAAGAAGGGCAGGAUGGCGGCAGCCCCAAGUCGAAGACUAAGGUGUGGACGAACAUUACACACGAUCACGUGAAACCCUUGCUGCAGUCUCUCUCGUCCGGUGUCUGCGUGCCAAGCUGUAUUACCAACUGCUUGUGGACUAAAGAGGAGGGUCAUAGGACUGUCCCAUCCGCUGCCCAAAACCUGUUUGUUCCAUUGAAUACUAACCCAAAGGAGGUCCAAGAAAUGCGGAACAAGAUCAGGGAGCAAAACUUGCAAGACAUUAAAACUGCUGGCCCGCAGUCUCAAGUCCUUUCGGGGGUUGUAAUGGACAGGAGCCUUGUCCAGGGGGAGUUGGUGACUGCGUCCAAGGCCAUCAUUGAGAAGGAGUAUCAGCCACGAGUUAUCGUUAGCACGACUGGACCAAAUCCGUUCCACAAGCUCACAGACCGAGAGCUGGAGGAGUAUCGCAGAGAAGUAGAAAGGAAACAGAGGCAAUCAGAAGAAGAUUCUGAAGAUGGCCGACAGCAGGGAGACAGGAGCUCUCCAGACCAAACUGUUGCUUGUACCCCACCCAGCACUCCAGUAAAACUUGAGGAAGAGGGCCCGCGGGGCCGGACGGGCCAUGAAGCCGGUGAAGCCGCUGCUUCUAAGCCGAGUCUCCCGGACCUCGCCCCCGACGAGCCUUCCGAAGUCUUUGGAACAGAGGACGACCAGCCCGACCCCGGCCUUGCCCCGCCCCAGAAGGAGGGUCCCCCCGGCAGCGCCCAGCCCUGCCUCCCCUCGAGCGAAGAGCCCCCUUCUCCCCUGGCUGAGGAGGGGGCAGCAGCCGAAGCAGGCAGUGAUGAGUCUCCGGGGAAGUCUCCUUCCAAGAAGAAGAAGAAGUUUCGUACGCCUUCCUUCCUAAAGAAAAACAAAAAGAAGAGUGAUUCCUAAAGACCUUCAGAAAGGCUGUUAUGUUUAAGCGUCUUAUGUUUAUUAAUCACUGGAAUAUAUCAGAUUUUACUAUGUGCUUUUGUUUGGUCUUUCUCGUUAAAAAAACAAACCAGAACAAAUAACACUAUAGCUUGACUGAUUAAGUUUAUAAAUGAAAUUUAGCAAGCAGAAGGUGCUAAUCCUGUGUAUGCAAAAGCAGCUGAGCAGGGAUUAUCCUGAGCAUGUUAAGGAAAGGCUUCCAUGGAGGACAGCAAGCCACUUUGUGUAAACUCUGAAAUCCCCCGAGGCUUUCCGCGCGCUCCUCCCGUCCGCUCUCGCUCUGGUGCAAGUGGCUUUAAGUCUCGGAGGAGCGGAGCCCGUUCGUGCUGGUGGAGUGGGCAUUGCUUCUGCCCUGUGUCGUGAGGCAGCCUGUUCCCGAGGCUUUAAAUCGCGCUCUGCCUUGCUUGGUGUUGUAACAUCGCUGAGACCAGAACCUAUUUUUGUGUCUAAGAAUGAAGUAACUUGUGGCAUUAUCUUGCUCAUCCCCUGCCUGUUUUCUAUUCAGUUUAAUAUAGCCUUUUCCACAGAAUAAUCAGCUAUUUUACUAAUUUGUUUUCUAGCAGAGCAUUGUAUUCAGUCACACUUAAACAUAUGAAAGAUGAAUUCAUGUCCUUGGAAAUAAAAUUUAUUCAUAGCAAGCA